UGGAAGUGUCCUUUUUCUGAAGGUGGAGAAUUUAGGUUUCGCUUUUUGCCCAUUCUCACAAGGCUCAAGAUGACUAAAGAGAAGUUAACAUCGUUUUUGAAUACCUUUUAACCGGUAAUCCGAUCCGCGACAUGCACGCACACAGGGAGCUAAACGGUAAUUACCCCACAGGUGCGCAAAGCCCCGGUGAAAAAGAGAUGGAACCACCACCGGCAAACGCUGCAAUCGCCAUGUAUCAUCAAAGUCCUGCGGCGUCACGACUGUCAAGUAGUCUACUGACGCUGCCUAAAGCGUUACCGGCUUUCUGUGCGUCCACCCACGGCAUGCUCGUGAGGAACCCGGGGUUGCUGAAUUCACGGGCCGGUUCUCCUUAUUAUUCGGUGACACACAUCGGUAAUCUUAACAAUAAACCGAAGAAACAUGCGAUCCAAACAUGGCAGAAAUGCUUCGCAGAUUCCAUAGCCGUCUGUCCAAUGGGCAGUGGUGCCAGUAGACUCUACAGCUCCCUAGUCAACAACAGCACCACUACCACCCCGCUGGCCCAUCACCAGGACCCCCAGCACCCCUCCUCCUCACAGGGGUGUCACUCUCCCCCGGAGCACCCCGCGGACCCCCUGGAGCUGCUGAGGGAGUGUGAGGAGGCUCUACGGGACAGGCCUCCUCGCCUCCUCAGAGCCUUCAUCUCCCCCGGGGAGGGAGAGGUGGACAGGGAGGAAGUGGACAACAGUGCCACCCAGAGGACCAUCAGGGUUAUGCAGUGGAACAUACUGGCUCAAGCUCUAGGUGAAGGGAUGGACAGUUUCGUCAACUGUCCCCUGGAAGCCCUGAACUGGGCGGAGCGUAAAUACCUCAUCCUAGAAGAGAUCCUCACCUACCGACCUCACAUCCUGUGUCUACAGGAAGUCGACCACUACUACGACACCUUCCAGCCAAUCCUGGCCGGCCUGGGUUACCGCGGCAACUUCUGCCCCAAGCCCUGGUCUCCAUGUUUGGAUGUGGAGGGCAACAACGGACCGGAUGGGUGUGCUCUGUUCUAUGAUGAAGCCCGGUUUGACUUGGUGGAUAGUGUGAAUGUCCGGCUGUGUGCUGUUUUAAUACCCACCAACCAGGUGGCGGUCGUCACGACGCUGCGGUGCAGGGUGACAGGCCGGCGGCUGUGUGUUGCCGUGACGCACCUCAAAGCCCGGAGCGGCUGGGAAUGUCUCCGUAGUGCCCAGGGUUCCGACCUUCUCCGGAACCUCACCACCCUCACCCAAUCACCAGGGGGUCCUUCGGGUCCCACAGGCAUCGCCCCAGACACCCCUCUCCUUGUCUGCGGGGACUUUAACGCUGUGCCUUCUGAGGACGUCUACCAACGUUUCGCCUCGUCACCGUUGAUCCUUGACUCGGCCUAUAAACGGUUAAGCCGGGACGGGCUUUCGGAACCGGCCUACACCACGUGGAAGAUCCGGCCGACGGGAGAAUGUUGUACCACAUUGGAUUAUAUCUGGUACUCUAGAGAAGCGUUCAGUGUGGACGCCGUGUUGGAUAUGCCUACAGAGGAACAGAUUGGCCCUAACAGGCUUCCGUCGUACAACUACCCCUCCGAUCACCUCUCGCUGGUGUGUGACUUCAGCUUUAAAAAGCAGGAGGAGGAUCACAUGGACACUUUUGAUUGACAAUUCAAUGGAUGGAGUGACGGAACGAGGGAUGGAACGAGGGAUGGAGUGAACAGAAGCACCAUUAUCCCUCCCUCUGGGGUAUGAUGACUGGAGAACAGGAGGGAGGAGACUACCCGCUUGGUGUGAGCUUACUUUUCAUGGACUAAAACACUCUGAAUGAAGGAGAGACCGAGAGGAGUAGACUGCUGAAACUAGGUUCUAUGGUGCCUGUCUACAGUAUAGGUGUUGUUGUACCUCUGACACUGAGGAUUGCACCCUGCCUGCUGUUUGUACUAUUCAACUAUACUUGUCCUGGGCAGCGACGCUCCCCAUCCAACCUGACAGAAGAAACUCCCCAAAUUGAGGUGUGCCAAGCUUGUAGCGUCAUACUCAAGGCUGUAAUCGCUGCCAAAGGUGCUUCAACGAAGUAAUGAGUAAAGGGUCUGAAUACUUAUGGAAUUAUGUAAUAAAUUUGCAAAAAUGUCUUAACCUGUUUUUGCUUUGUCAUUACAGGGUAUUGUGUGUAGAUUGAUGAAAGAAAAGUAAUACAUUUUAGAAUAAUGUAACAAAAUGUAAAGGUGCCUGAAUACAUGUGGGUAUAUGUCCUUUUCUGGUCUAAUACUGGUCAGGUGUGUCAUUAAUGCCUACUGAUACUUGUACCAGGGCCAUGUUCAGUAAGAAAACAUUAUAGAAAUACCACUAAAUAGAGCCAACGUGAUUCCUUAUUGUAUAAGUCAGAGAUGCACGUUUGUUCUACAUAGAAAUAUGCUGUCUGAACGUACCCCUGGUCAGCUGGGGGUGAGCGUACCACCACGGUACAUUGAAUUUGUAAUAUAAAAAGUAUCUAGAUAUAUUUUAUCCAAAGCGAACUUACAGUAGUGUGUGUGGCCCCAGCGGGAAACCCAUGUACUACCAACUGACCCACACAGACUAUUUCCUGUCCAUGAGCAUCAGUCCCAGGAUAACAUGCAGGACAGUAGUUUUAUAUUCAAGCUGUCAGCCUUUGUGCAAUAAAAUAAUCUGCCAUUCUGUCUCUG